GAGGAACACACAUUUCCAAAAGCCAUGGCGUCACGCCCACGUGCAUCCUCCCAGCCUGGGAUGCUUUCCUUCCUCCAGACCUCUAAAGCGAGCAGCGCCUUACGCCCGAGGGCCGUGUCAUCGCGCUCUAGCUCUGUGCUGGAGGAAGAAUUAUCGUGCCCGGUGUGCUGCGAGAUCUUCAAGGAGCCCGUGGUGCUCAAGUGCAGCCACAGCUUUUGUCGGGCCUGCCUGCAGCAGUUCUGGAACAAGAAGAAGGCCCGCCGCGAGUGCCCCAUCUGCCGCAGGAAGUGCUCCCUGACCGAGCCCACGGUCAGCCUGGCCCUCAAGAAUGUGGCCGACACAUUCCUGCGGGAGCGGCGGCGCCAGGCGGAUAACGAGGAGACCCCCGGGGGGGACAGGGUGGAGGCACGGGAGGAACUGAGCUGUGUCGCCCACGGGGAAGAGCUCAAGCUCUUCUGCCUGGAUGACUUGGAGGUCCUCUGCUGUGUGUGCCACACCUCCAAGAAGCAUCAGGGUCACAAAGUCUGCCCACUAGAAGAAGGGGCGCACGAUCUCAAGGAGGGGCUGAAGAAAGAUCUGAUCCCCCUUAAGAAGAACCUGCGGCGCCUGUAUGAGGCUAAGCAAGAGUGUGAUGACACAACUGUGCAUAUCAAGAAUCAAACCCAGGCCACGGAGCAGCAGGUCAAAGAGGAGUUUGAGCAGCUGCGUGACUUCCUGCAAAAGGAGGAAACGGCCCGGUUGGCUGCUGUCCAGCGAGAGGCGGAGGAGAAGCACGAGCUGGUGAGGAAGAAGGCCGAGAGCAUCACAAGGGACAUCCUGACCUUCUCGCACACAGUCAUCGCCGUCGAGAAUGAGAUUGCGGGCGGCGAUGCGCUCUUUCUGCAGAAUUAUCCCAACACGAAGAAAAGAGCUGAGAUUCCGCAGAAGGAUCCGGAAAAAGUGUCUGGAGCGCUAAUAAAUGUGGCCAAGCAUGUCAGUUCCCUCAAGUAUCACGUUUGGGAGAAGAUGGUGGAGGUGGUUCAGUACACACCCAUCACGCUGGAUCCUAACACAGCAUACCCCUGGUUGUCCAUCUCCAAAGACCUGACCUGCGUGGCCAACAGUGGCUCGCUCCAGCAGCUCCCGGACAACCCCGAACGUUUCGGCCAUUUUGUCUUCGCAUUGGGCUCCGAAGGCUUCACGUCGGGUCGUCACGCGUGGGAGGUGGAGGUGGGUGACAAGGACGACUGGAUGCUCGGGGUGGUCCGCGAGUCCAUCGACCGCAAAGGCCGCAUCUCGGGUUGCCCCGAAGGCGGCUUCUGGAUGAUCUCGCACUACGAGGGCGAGUACUCUGCCAUGACCAGGCCCGGUACGUCCUUGCACGUGGAAGGCGAACUGAGCAGAGUCCGAGUGCAGCUGGACUACGACGCGGGUGAAGUGAUAUUCUCCGAUCCGGUGGGCAUGACGCCUAUCUACACCUUCAGCGACUCCUUCGACGACAAGAUGUUUCCCUUUUUCUGCCCUGGAGCUAACAUUAACGGGAAUAAUCCCAACCCUCUCAAGAUCUGCCCAGCGACAGUGGCCGUGUGGAAUAGCGCUACGUGGUAAUGGAACUGACAACUUCUCAACUACGCCGCUAAACAUCAGAUCCAAAUUGACUGGGCGUCUAGUGCCAUCAAUUUCAUUUAACCAUGAGCUUUCACUGCCAGUCUUCCAGGUUUAUAGAAAAAGACACCAUCAUCUCCAUCCCAGGAGAAUGUUUAAUACAUUGAAAAAAACACUGAAUUUCAUUUGUGUAAUGCCUAAUUGUGGUGAGAAACAAAUAAAAUCCAUUAUCUCCAGAAAGUGUCCACCCAAAAUGGGGGCUAGGCAUGUGCCCGUAUGAGAUUUUGACGGUAUAACCUUAAGCAAAUAUACCGCCGUUUCACAGUAUUGCAACUAUAGCUCUAAAUGUGUUAUUUUGAGAUGUAUGGGUUAAAAAAAAUCCAUUGAAAAGGAUUUUUAAAAUUAGUUUUCACAACAUAUUUGCAAAUUGGAACAUCAACAUGAAUACUGUAUAAUGUUAAAAUAAAAAUAAAAAUAAUUAAAUAUCAUUGAAUUAGAAUUUAUAGACUAAACCCCCAGCCACAGCUCAAGUUGCUAAACAUUAGAACAAAAAUAUUUUCCCAAAAAAGUAAAAACACUUAAAAUGUAUAGAUAUACAACCCCUAGCAAAAAGUAUGGAAUCACCAGUCUCGGAUGAGCACUCAGACAUUUUAUCAUGUAGAACAAACUCGGAUAAAAAGCUUGAAAAAUAAUGAAUCAGUUCAAAAGUGCAACUCUUUAGCAUUCAGAAACACUAAAAGAAAUGAAAAAAAAAAACUGUGGUGGUCAGUAAAUGUUACUUUUAUACAGCAAGUGCAGGGAAAUAAAUAUGCAAUCAUGAGAAACAAACAUAACAAUCAAAACACAUCUCUAGCACCACCUCUGGCUUUUAUGACAGAUUGCAGUCUCUGAAGAAUGAACGAUGAGUAUUCAUCAAUUUGGUGCUAACUCUCUUUGAUUGCAGUUGCCAGAUCAUCCUUACAGGUCGGAGCCUUGCUGUGGAUCUUUUUUUUUUUUUUUUCCAAUUUCCACCACAGGUUUUCAAUAGGGUUGAGAUCUGGACUAUUUGCAGGCCAUGACAUUGACUGGAUGAGUCUUUCGUCAAGGAAUGCUUUAACAGUCUUAGCUCUGUAGCAUGAUGCAUUGUCAUCUUGAAAAAUGACAUAUUUUCAAUUGAAGGGAUAAGAAAGCGGUCUAAAAUUUCAAUGUAAACUUGUGCAUUUAUUAAAGAUUUAAUAACCACAGCCAUCUCCCAGUACCUUUACCUGACAUGCAGCCCCAUAUCAUCAUGGACUGAGGGAAUUUUGAUGUUUUCUUCUAUCAGUCAUCUUUGUAAAUCUCACUGGAACAGCACCAAACCAAAGUUCCAGCAUCAUCACCCUGUCAAGAGUCAAGAAUCUGCAUUGGAUUUUUUUCAAGCUUUUUAUCGGAGUUUGUUCUACAUGAUAAAAUGUCUGAGUGAGUGCUCGUCAGAGACAGGUGAUUCCACACUUUUUGCUAGGGGUUGUAUCAAUUUAUAAAUAAGAAACUAAGCCUGUAUAACAGGCACUUCACCGACUUUAAAGCUUCAUCUCAACAAUUUUAGAGAAUUGCUCAUUUUCUACAUAUUUCUAUCUCAGUCCAAGUUAUGAUGCAGGAAUCAGUGGCGCCUCCAGAAAUUUUUCACAGGGGUGGCCAGAUGGGGCCACUUAAAAUCUUGGGGUGGCCAAAACUAAAAUCCAUAAUUUCAGGUUUUCAUGAUAUUAUUGCAGUAAAAAGGUCAGGGGAAAACUAUCAGAAAGACUUAAGGACACAGCUACUGAUAUACUUUGGUGUAUUGUGUAAUAAUUGAUGUUACUAAUGAUUUAAUGUGCAUAGUCUGUAACUGUCCAGUCAACAUUUUGAGUUCCACAACAAUUCUGUUUUUUUUGUGAUAUGUAUAUAUUAGGCAUAAGGUGUACAUUUAACUAGGGCUGUCAAACAAUUAACAUUUUUUAAUCAAGUUAAUCACAGCUUAAAAUUAAUUAAUCGUAAUUAAUCGCAAUUCAAACCAUCUCUAAAAUAUGCCAUAUUUUUCUGUAAAUUAUUGUUGGAAUGGAAAGAUGACAAGACGGAUAAAUACAUUCAACAUACUGUACAUAAGUACUGUAUUUAUUAUAACAAUAAAUCCACAAGAUGGCAUAACAUUAUUAACCUUCUUUCUGUGAAUGGGAUCCACUGAUAGAAAGACUUGUAAUUCUUAACGAUAAAUGUGAGUUUGUAUAUUGUGACUAAAUAUUGCCAUCUAGUGUAUUUGUUGAGCUUUCAGUAAAUGAUACCGUAGCGACUUAACUGUUCUGCCCAAAUGCAUGAUGGGAAGUGGUUCAACCAUGACUGUGUGUGGUGGCUGCAAAUAUUAUAUCUUCUCUGCGUUGGAUACACUACAGGGUGUUAAGAAAAAGAUUAACUCCUGACAUUCUUCCCCACAUCGCUUCCCACAAUAUUUAUAGUUGCUGUGGGUGAGAUGACAAAGCUUUUGCCAAUUAAAAGCAUAGCCCCAAUGAAUGCUUUUAUCUACUCCACUCACUUGACACUGCCUCUUAUCUCUGUAUAGAAGUAAAACGGCGCCAUUGUAAGCUAUUUGCGGCUAUGCGUGAAUGAGUUGUACUGCGAAUGCGUUAAUUGCGAUAAAUAUUUUCACGAUUAAUUUUAAAAAAUUAAUUACCGCCCGUUAACAUGAUAAAUUUGACAGCCCUACAUUUAACAAAACAAAAUAAAUGCAUUAAUUUGGGAUGAAAUGCAUAAGUGAUGCUACAACAAUCAAACGAUAUACUGGCAAGCGGGGUGGCCAACCAAUUUAUAGGGGUGGCCGUGGCCACCCCUGGACACCCCCUGGUGGCGCCACUGGCAGGAAUGUGAGUUCACCUUUUCUGGGUAAAUAUACCACUACUACUAUUGAUUAGUUGAAAAUUAAUGGAGAGUGAGAGCAAGAGACUGCACAUGUGUAUGACUUGUAUCAUUAUUUACAUAUUAUACACACACAGCCACCCUCUCUCAACACAAACUCGCCGAGAGAAAAAAACACCACAGGCUGUAUUAUGAAAAUAAAAAUGUUUACAAUGGCAGAAGACUUUACAGAAGCACUCAAAUGGAGAGAAAACUAGUUAGCCAUCUUGGCAUACUAACUAGCCACGUUAUAGUAUUUGUUUAACCAUCGCUAGACACACUGGAGAACACUCGUAGGUGGUGGUAAACGUUCAUGAUAGUGUUUACUUACCUUAAAUUUAGUGUAAAGUGACGGCUGAUGGUCACGUAAAUAUGAAAUCAUGUUGCAGGUGUUGCCUGCACGUAGGUUGUCCUUCCUCCUCUAAGCAGUAGCAGUCUUUUGAAUGGAAGUAUUUCGAAUACCGAAGACUAGACUUUUGAGGGGGUUUUGAAAAAGCUCAGGUGUAGUUUUGACAGCAACUGCAGUGUCACCGACACAAAGCACAGAGCAACAACCGGAGUGGGAAGGCUGGGAAGGGUGAACGCUGCCACUCGAGGCCAUUUCUCGCUGCGUUUGUGGGACAUAAAAAAUAGCCAAUACCAUUCGACAGUAUGACGGAAAAUUUUAGUGGUUUUGAAACAGUGACGUUUUCAUGGUAAACCUUGAAACGGGUAACAGGCACAUGCCUAGUGGGGGCAAACAUUUGAUUAA